ACGGUGGGCGGCGGCGGCGGCGGCGAGCGGGCGGGCCGCGGAGGACGCGCCGCCAGCGCCCUCCCUCCCUGCGUCCUCGGUCCCGGGCCGGCCGGGGCUGCCGCGGCGCGCGGGUGCCGGGCCCUGCCUCGCAGGCCAUGGGGGAAGGGGGCGCCGUGGGGCGCCGCCGGCCCUUCCCCGGGGCGCCGCGGCGGCGCUGGUGGCGGCGGCAGCAGCAGCAGCAGCGGCAGCGGCAGCGGUGGUGGCCGGGCCGCGGCGGCGAGGGCGCGGGGCGCGCCGCCAUGGGCCUGGCCGGGCUGCAGGAGAAUGUAUUUACCGGGCAAUCAAAGAUCUAUUCCUACAUGAGCCCCAACAAAUGCUCUGGAAUGCGUUCCCCCCUUCAGGAAGAGAACUCAGUUGCACAUCACGAAGUCAAAUGCCAGGGGAAGCCAUUAGCCGGCCUCUACAGGAAACGAGAAGAGAAAAGGAACGGUGGGAACGCAAUCCGAAGCGCCAUGAAGUCCGAGGAACAGAAGAUCAAAGACGCCGGGAGAGGUCCCCUGGCACCUUUUCCAAACCAAAAAUCCGAAGCAGCAGAACCUCCAAAAACUCCGACCUCGUCUUGUGACCCUCCCAUUGCGGCCAUCGCCAAGCAGGCCCUGAAAAAGCCCGUCAAGGGCAAACAGGCCCCGCGGAAGAAAGCUCAAGGGAAAACACAGCAGAAUCGCAAACUCACGGAUUUCUACCCCGUGCGCAGGAGCUCCAGGAAGAGCAAAGCCGAGCUGCAGUCUGAAGAGAGGAAAAGAAUAGAUGAGCUGAUUGAAAGCGGGAAGGAAGAAGGAAUGAAGAUUGACCUCAUCGAUGGCAAGGGCAGGGGCGUGAUAGCCACCAAGCAGUUCUCCCGGGGCGAGUUCGUGGUCGAGUACCACGGGGACCUCAUCGAGAUCACCGAUGCCAAGAAGCGGGAGGCUUUGUAUGCACAAGACCCCUCCACGGGCUGCUACAUGUACUAUUUUCAGUAUCUGAGCAAAACUUACUGCGUGGAUGCGACCAGAGAGACGAACCGCCUGGGGAGACUGAUCAACCACAGUAAGUGUGGGAACUGCCAAACCAAACUGCACGACAUUGACGGCGUGCCUCACCUCAUCCUCAUCGCCUCCCGUGACAUCGAGGCCGGGGAGGAGCUCCUGUACGACUACGGGGACCGCAGCCGGGCUUCCAUCGAAGCCUACCCCUGGCUGAAGCAUUAACCGCCCCGCCCGCCCCGCCCUCCCCCUUCUUCCAUGGACAAAGUGCCCUCAAAGGGAAUUGAUUUUUUUUUUUACACACUUAAAUCUUAGCGGAUUACUUCAGAUGUUUUUAAAAAGUAUAUUAAGAUGCCUUUUCACUGUAGUAUUUAAAUAUCUGUUACAGGUUUCCAAGGUGGACUUGAACAGAUGGCCUUAUAUUACCAAAACUUUUAUAUUCUAGUUGUUUUUGUACCUUUUUUGCAUACAAGUCAAACGUUUGUGCUUCCCGUGCAUGCAGUCAAAGACGCAGCACAGGCUUUAGAGGAAAGAGUGAACAUGAACUAGGAAGCUGGGCGACUCUCCAGCCGUAGAGCCAGGACUCUCUUCCCCACGCCCCCCCGACGGCCGUCGGCUGAGCGCAGGCCAGUCCCGGAGGAGCCGCCUCCCGAGGCCCGGACGGGGUGUUCCCAAGCUCUUGUUUUCCUGACGUCUGGACAGGCGCACAAGGAAGUGUAUGAAUAUUUUUUAAAAAAGGUUUCGCAGUAAGCUAGUCUUCCCCUCUGCUUUCUCGAAAGCUUACUGACCCGGUGGCCCGCGAGCGCGGGUCACUCUUCCGCAGGCUGCCGCUCCUCGGGGCACCUCCACGCAUCAGGGCGGGUAGUCAGAGUCGACGUGGGCAGGGAAAGGCAUUGCUCGCCUAGCCCUGCCGGGGCAGGGUUUCCCAAAACUGGGUUGAUUCUUUAUAGAAAUGUGAACACUGAGUUUAUUUUAAAAAAUAAUAAUAAAAAUUUAAAAAUUUAAAAAUACAAAAAAAAAAAAGAAAAAAACCACAGAAAACAACUUACAUGUAUAUAGGUCUUGAAGUGAGUGAAGUGGCUGCGAUUUUUUUCCUUCUUCUUUCUCCUUUUUUUCUUUUUUUUUUUUUGGUUUUGUAGAAGAGAUUUGAGAUGGUACUCUAUUCUAAUCAAAAAUAAGUUUUGUAGUGGGACCAGAAAUUACUUACCCGCUAUCCCACCCUCUUCCUCCCCCCCACCCCCCAAAACCGUGUCCCAAUUCCAAUGGGUUGAAAGUUCUAGACCUUCUGUCAGGCUUUCUGUUUGUCAGACCACCUGGUGUCCUUCCUGCAAAACUGAAGGUGCAGCCAUGAACCGAAGGGGGAGCCUGCUCGCCCCGAAACGCGUGGCCCCCACCCCAGCCGCUGGUGCGCAGGGGAGUGGGCAGGCCCGGCAGCCCAGGGAUCAAGGCUAAGGGUAAAGUUUUCACCUUGACUGUGAUGCAGGAGGGUAGGUCGCUUCCUCCUCCCUCCUGAAGGGAGACCUAUUCUCACUCUGUCAACCUGUAGUCCAGGGGCCCUGGCCCUGGAGCCAUGACCUGGGGUCUCCUGGCCUCCCCUGGGCCUGGGUAAAUGUGAAUAGAGACAGGUAUGACAGCCUGUCGUCAACCUUGAUGUCCCUCCAGCCCUGGCCUCACCACGGUGCUACCUACGAAAGUCUCCCCCCCCCCACCGCCCCCCAC